AUGGGACAAGUCUACGAGGAUUCGAGGAGAUUCCGCAGAGGCCUGAGCAUUUGGAAGUACAAGACUCUCAUAGUUUUGCCUUUUCCACUGGUUCUGUUCAUGGAGACGACUCUUUUCUUCUCGGUGAUCAUGGAUGCAGUCACCCGACCGAAUAUCGACUGGGUGGACAAGAUAGGAGAAUUUUGUUUCGCCAUCAAUACCCUUAUAUUCUGCCUGACAGCUUACUUACUGAUGGACGAUAUGGAUAAAUUGUCAGUAUCAGCUGAUUUCUGUAAUGACACUGACAGGGAUUGGUUACUCCCUGCUGCCAGUAGUGAAGUUCGCUAUCAGCGACAGCAGGAACUACUCCGAACUUUACAUCUUCAAGCUCUGGGUCCCUUUCCUUCAGCAGGAUCUGCUGACCAUCCUCCUGCUCUACUCCUUCCAGGUGUCAUGCUUCUUCUACCAGUACUUCGGAUACGGAGCACUGACGGCAUACAUGAUGAGUGUAUCCAAUGCCUGUCGAUAUCAGACCAAGCUGGUCGAAAUAUCCUGCUUGACUCUCAGAGAUAGGGUUAUCGCUUUGGUUAAAAGAGAGCAAGGCAUCCUUGAUCGCAAAAGUCUCUUCUGUAAGAUAUUUAUUAAAGAGAUCGCCGAGAGCGCCAGACACUACCAGCAUGUGUACAGAAAUUGGAAGGAGAUGUGUAGACUCCUCUCAAGGAUGGCAGAUGUAGUUUUCUAUUCCGGAAUGUGCAUUGUUAUAAUGUUUGGAGUUAGGAUAGCCACCAGUCAACAAGCAAAUAAGUUCAUAAUUAUGAAUUCUUUUCUGUUCAUGGUGGUUGUAAUUGUGAAUCAAUAUUUAUUCACUAUAAUCAAUGGUACCUUCACUAAUCAGGUGAUCAGUCUUCAAAAUUCAAUUUACAACUGCCCCUGGUAUAGAUUGCCUGUAUCUUGCCAGAAAAAUAUCAAUCUCUUUCAGAUCAUGGUAAGUUACAUACCGACCCUCUCAACCUUCAUGGGGAUCGAAGCAAGUAGAGAAUUUUUUGCCAAGACGAUAAACGCCACUUAUUGUUACAUGAGUGCGUUAGUUUCAAUGAAUAGAAAGUACCUGAUCAGAUAGUGAUAUGCUUUAGACGUUCGUUCAGAUGUAAUUUCUUCACUGUGUUAAAUAAGUAUUGAUAAAUAAUAAAUGCAAUUGUAAUAUGAUUCUCAAGCAUUUAGUGUACCUAGGAAAUACUAGAAUUUAUUAGUAGUCAAUAGAGUAAAAAAUAUAUAAGUUUACAUGUAAUUGUAA